UUUUAUGUUCACGAGGAUUUCCUAUUUGUAUCAUAUGUAGAUCACUAGAUCGCUAUAGAUUUAAUUUAAAAAUCUAAAUCUAUAUAUUAUCGUUAGAAGUGAAGAAAUAAAAAGGAAUAUAGAUCUGUAUAAUAUAGUCUGGAUUAAAAUCUAGUAUCCGUUCGACUUCUUUUCUCUUCAGCAUGCAGAAUCCUAAUGAAGACACAGAAUGGAACGAUGCAUUGAGACGGCACAAUAUAAUUCCUCAAAAGGAGAAGGAAAAAGAACUUACAGAAGAAGAUAUUGUAAAUCUCCUUGAACAGACUGUUGAAGCUAAGCAACAAGGAAAAGGUCUCAAUGAGUUGACUUUGGAUGAACUAAAUGAAAGGGAAGAUGAUAUAGACGAGGAAGAAGAAAGAAUAUUUGAGGAGUACAGGCGGCAAAGGCUUGCAGAGAUGAAAAAGGCAUAUACUAAUGCAAGGUACGGAGAAGUUGUUGAAAUAAGUAAAGCAGACUAUGUGAGCCAAGUAAAUAAUGCAGGAGAAGGGGUCUGGGUUGUUCUUCAUAUUUACAAAGAUGGAAUUCCAAUUUGUAAACUAGUCAACAAUUUUUUGACCAAUUUGGCUAGAAAAUUUCCCCAAACAAAGUUUUUGAGGAGUAUAUCAUCUGUAUGUAUACCAAACUACCCAGACAAAAAUUUACCAACCGUAUUUGUGUAUUUUGAGGGUGAUUUGAAGAAGCAGUGGAUAGGACCAUUUGCCUUUGGUGGAAUGAAUCUUAAACAGAAUGAACUUGAAUGGAUGCUUGCUCAAGCGGGUGCUAUCCAGUCAGAUAUAGAGAAACCUGAACGAGCAGAGAUUGAAGACGUCAUGACAAGUGCCAUUCGACAGAGUAGGAUAGAUAAUGAAGAAGAAAGUGAUAACUGAGCCACAAUAUUUAUGUGUAAAUGUGUGAUAUGUUUGUUUGAGAUGGCUUCAUUAAAUGUGUAGUAAUACUCAUAUAUUAUGAUACAUUUAAGGGCUAUGUCUUGUGACAUUAUGAAGUGUUGGUAAGACAUGCAUGUUGGUGUGUGGCACAUCAAAGUGCUGAUAAAAACUUUUGACACAUUGAAGUGUUAUGGUGUGAAGUUGCUGCUGUGCUGUGACACAAAUGAGUUGUCUGUUUGCAAAAGCAUUUUUAAAAAAUAAGUAACUUUCCUUAUUUUUUUUUUAUAUCACUGCUUAUAGCAGGUUCAGUGCACUUUGGUCCAAUCUCUGGUGGAAGAGGUGUAUUCUGUAUAAUGGUUAAUAUGCAUGACUAAAUGCAUGAUGUGUAGGACGAAAUCAUCUUCUUUUUUGAAGUAACGUCUGUAUUAUAUAAGAUAAGGUUUCCAUGCUGCCUUUAGAGCACUUUAGCACUCAGUAAACAUAACUCAGCUCGAGAUAGCUGUUGAUAGGUAGCCAAGUGAUUUAUACCUCUCAGCCACAUAUCCCACAAUAAAAUAAAAAUAUAAUUCAAUAAAAGCAUCACAUUGAGUUAAACUUAAAUAGUCUGUCUUUGGAACCUUUGAAACUCAAUUUUCCUUAUUGAUAUUCUUAUCAUUGUAAGAAAUGUGUGUGUGUGUGUGUAUUUGAUGCAAACUUGUUUAUAUUUUGUAAUAAAGUUCUAAUUGAUACAAAUAAAUUAUAUAUACAUUCUAAUAUAAA